CGUCACGGGAUGACUGCGCAUGCCGCUAGAUGGUGGCAGCUGUGGCCGCGAGCCGAGCGGCAGCCGUUCGCGUUAGUUCGCCCGUUCGUGAACUAUUGUUUUGUCAUUUUCUCUUUUAUUGUUAUAAUCCGUAGAGAGAGAUUAGCGAGCCGCGUAUGAGCGCGCGCGAAUACCUUCCUCGCGGUUUACGAGGCGAACGCCGGAGGGGAAACCGAUAUCUCGCUGCCCUGUUCGUUAUCACCGGACGCGGAGUCUCCCUAUCACGUUCAGAGACAGACAUAACCGCUGUAUCGAUCCGGCACACACCGCUCCCUAUAGCCCGCCCGUAUCGCCAGCAGUAUACAUGGUAAGAGGUUAUGUUGACUCCGACAAUUCGCACCGCGCGAUCCUCCGCGAUUUGCGACUGCCUGUGAUGUGAGGGGUUUGCGGAUUGCGGAGGAAAGAGGCGCUCCGUCUCGCAGGGACGAUCGGUAAGGGAAAUGGAGCGCGCUUCGGGACGCCCGAUGACAAUUGCACGCGCAACAGGCCGCAGGCUCCCGGAACGGCGGGGCCCCUUCUUGCCGUGAACAAAACAGUAAUGCCCCGUCGAAUGUCGUUGUUACUCCGCACCAACGUGGGCUUCCUCCGCAGUGCCGGCCACGGAGCAGACCACAAAUGUCGUGCAGAGGAGCCGCCGAUGCCGCCGCCGCCUGCACGUCGAGACGACGAGACAGCCGCGAGAGGAUUAGCUCCUCCGAGGGCGAGGGAGCGGAAUGCACGCACGUCGACGCGCUUCUCGCCCCGUCGAGGGAGGCGGAGGAGGUCGGUAAGAGGGACCGGCGAACGAGGCGAAAUGAGAGCUGGCACCAGACGGUGACUGGGAAGGGCGUGGUUGACGUCGUCGAGACGGUGGCCGACUUCGAGAAGUGGCUCAAGAUGCGCAGCACGGAGCCGCCGGUGCCAUCCGGCAUGGACUUGGACGCGGCCAAGAUGGUGGAGGGCGUGGAUCGGUAUCUGGGCGAGGAGGUGCUGUCGCACGGCUGCUACCUGAGCAAAGACCCGUACGGCCUGUCCAUCGACAUAGACCUGGCCGACACCAAGAAGCUCAAUCUGUCGUCGAGCUACGAUCCGAUACUGCAGGAUUUGGCGCACGGCGAGGGCCACCGGUUGCUGGAGCCGCCGUGCGAGAAGGUCGUCGACGAGUUCAUGCUGCCGGAGUUUCAACUGGAUCAUCUGGAUCCUCUGGUGGCGCUCACGCCGGACGACAUGAUGGUGGCCGGUGAGAUUCUACCGUCCGCGAGCAGUCAGCCGACGAUGAUCGCGGGGAGGGAUCAGGACGUCGAGCAAAACGCCCCCGCGAAAACAGGUGUUGCUCCAACGCAAAGCAGCGAGGCGCCCUGCGAGAAAUCCACGCAGGCCACCCUCGGUCAGCUACCGGUGAAUUUGGUCGUGAAUGAAAUGGAGGAGGACACAAAGGCGGAACAGGAAACUGCAGGUAUACAACAACCUUUGUCGGAGCACCUCGUCGGCUCCGCCGCCCUACCGCCGAUGGAGGAGAACUCGUCGAGCGCAAUGCCGAAUUCUAUAGAAAUGGACACGCGAGAUAUGAUAAUAGAACAACUGAAGAAAACGAAACUUGAACCUCGUAUCAUCAAGAAACGCCGGCAGAUGACGGAGCGACUGGAGAAGAGGCUCGACAAGCACAUCAACGGCAAGAGCUUCGCCGUCGACGCGGACUCGCAGGACGGCAUGAUGGCGGUGGUUGCUAUAUCUACCGACAAAAUUUCCAACAUGACGCAGAUCGUUAUCAAUACCGGUACGGAGAAACAGAUCUAUCAAGGCAAAACUUCGGAAUUGAUUGAAGCGACAGGCAACUUCCCAAAAUUACCCAAGAUAGACACCUCGGCCGCAGUUUGGAAUGGCACAGCUGGCACCGAUAACAAUCCGAGCAGUCAAUAUGAAAUCGUUAUAUCCAAUGCGCUGGAGGAAUUGGGCAUCACCGACGAUAGCCUGCAGCCUUUAUGCGCCACCGAGCACGACAAGGUGUGGCUCUGUCCACGAGACGGCUGCAACAGACAAUUCGGCAGAUUGUACACUUUGAAGGGUCAUUUAUUAGCUCACUAUGGAGUUAGACCGUUUAAGUGCGAUUUCGAGGGCUGCACUUGGGCCUUUUAUUCCGAGUUCAAGCUAAAAAGACACAAGGAGACGCAUCUGAAGCGCAAGGAUUACGUGUGCGAGGUGGAAGGCUGCAAUCGUCGUUUCACUACCGUCUACAAUCUGUGGAGUCACGCGAAGUUGCACAAUCGUCCCAAUCGGAUCGUUUGUCAGGUGCCAGACUGUGGCGAGAAGUUUCAAACGAAACGGGCAUUGGAGCUGCACAUGAAAUCGCACGACCAACGGCACGCGCCUUACGUGUGCCAGCACGAGGGCUGCGGCAAACGUUAUUACAGUAGCAACGCAUUGACGUCGCAUCAGCGAUCGCACAGCUACAAGGAAGUGGACAUCAAGUGCUCGUGGCCGGGCUGUGGCAAGAUUUUCGACAAACCAUGCCGACUCAAGGCUCACAUGCGCUCUCACACCGGCUACAAGCCCUACCCCUGUACCUUCCAGGAUUGCAAGUGGGCCUUCUCGUCGUCCAGUAAGCUCAAGCGCCACCAGAAGAAGCACACGAACGAGCGCAAAUUCGUGUGCGACGUGCCGGACUGCGGCAAGGCAUUUAUGCGCUCGGAGCAUUUGAAGGAGCACCGACUGACGCAUGCGGAGGGUCGCUUUUUCCAGUGCUUCAUGUGCACCGCCCGGUUCUCCGCCAAGAGCAGUUUGUACGUGCACAUCAAGAAACAUCAGCAGACGAAGUCGGAUUUGAACGUAGCCAACGAUACGCCCGAGUGCACUUCCGGCGAUCACGCAAAACGCACGAGGGCAAGAGAAUCUCAUUACCCGCGAGUGAAGUCGAUCAACAAGUCGAAGCGAUGGAACGCCGAAUUGAUGAUGAACGCCGCGGAGACUGCCGCGAAGGAGGGCAACGUCGAGAGGCAGAUCGUCGGCGCGUGUUCCCAGGAUCAAAUGGAGUGGGUGUACCGUUGCCCGAUAGAUAUAUGCGGGCAUUUGAUCAACAACGAGACGAGUCUUCGCGAGCACAUGUUGAAAGUGCACGACAUACAUUGCGACGAUUUGUUGGCUAAACCGUCCUCGGACGAUGCCAACAUAGAUUACAUUUUGUACACCGUGCACGGUUCGCCCCCAAGUUCACCCACUGCUGUCGAAGAGGAACAGAUGGUCAUGGUGACUCCGUGUGACGCCGUCAUCCUCGAUACCUCCUCACCAAGGACGGAUCAUUGUCUGCCGGAACCGGACCCGCCACCUCUCAACACCCUGCCGAAGAGCUCGGAAACGUUCCGGAACGACGCGCGAGCCGACAAGCGGAUCGUCGACAACAAAGCGAUAUCGGUGAAGGAGCAGGGCUCGGCAAGGACAGAUCUAACAUAUUCCGAUUGGUCUAAAUCGAAGAGGAACGGUGCACUGAUGAAUUCGACCGUAACGGAAACGUCGGACGUUGUGUUGGGCGCGAGUGACGACCUGAGCGAGGGUCUGUUGUUUACAGAGGAACUGCCGUCGAUGUAUUAUCAGGACGAUGUCGCAGGUACGGAAUACCAGGUGCUGUUAUUAGACUCAAGUCCGCUCGAAAGUGCCAGUAAUUUGCGCGGUCUCGAGUGAUUUUUCGUGAUAGAGUGCUCUCGACCAAGUGAUUAUUGUAUAAUUAUUUUGAACAUGACGUGAUAAUCAAUUAUUUUAAAUGUAGCUUAAGAGUGGCAUGAUAGUUUUGAACAAUAAUCGUUAUUAUAUUAAAUCUAGCUUUUGCGGUAACUUUAAUACGAUCUGUGAUCCAGGAGCUGGCCUCAGCCUGAUAUUCAUUUGUACUACGCCCAUAAUCGCUUUAAAUUGUUAUUUUAUUAAUAAAUCGUUGAUAUUUUUCCAUAAAAA